CGGCAGGAGUUCUCUGCUCAAUUGCGAUUUUGCAUGUCGCAGAGUAGGGGUUGGCCAGAAUUAUGACUCAUAAUAUGAGGUCGAUACCAAUGAAUAAACAUUGUGACUGAACAAAAGACGCCGCCGCAGGGUAUAUAUGGUACCGGUAUUUAUUUAUGUAUUUCGUAGGCAAGCUGAGCUACUGGCGAAUCAAAAAACAAAAGACUAUUCUCUGACUUCGACUUCGUCCAGAUGACGUUAACUGGUUAAUAAAGAGUGCUAGGUCUGUAGUGUAGGUGCGGUACGGUACCGUACGGUACCUGUCUAUGGAAGAUCUAGGAAAUAUGGAUCGACAGAAUUAAAAUAACUUUUGAACUUCAAUAGGAAAUGACUAAACAAUGAGUACCGGUACCGGUAACAAAAUUCCAAAGCCUGAAUGUUUCUUGGAAAAAAUCGGUAUUAUUUACAAGACACAGAGACAUGAAGCAUCUGAAUUUGAAAAUGUGCAAUGACAGAAUGAUGGUGACUGAAAACAUCAGUAUAUAUCAGUACCUAUUAAGUAUAAAUAGUCGGUGACAAUUGUUUUAAUUCUUGUUAAAAGAUUUCUUUUCAUAUGGCAGUAUGGGCUAUUGUAAACAUAGGAUCGUAAUGGCUGAAAGGUGCAUUGAGUUCUAAAAGUCAGAAAGUAUUGAAUAUUUUAAGUUUUUUUCAAGUCCUUGUUUCAAAAUCUUUUAGCAAAAGUAGAAUGUAGGUAUCCUACAAUACUACAAUGGGCUUUGUGCUAUGGAUGAUUAGAUUAUUUAUUAUCGGUGUCAUUUGUAGGAACAUGAACAUACUACUGAUAACUUUUUUAUAAUAUAAGAAUUAUUAUCAACAACAGAUAGACAAAUGGUGUAUUUUCAUGAAGAAGUUCAGUCUGUCAGUUUGUAAUGGUACAGAUAGUUUAAUUUUAGUGGUUCGAUUGAUAUCUGGUCAUAGCUGGGUCGAAAUCACAAUAGCUCUCUGAUUUUCAAGCUCCAAAAAUAUGAUCAGGAGUUGGGGCCUCUAAUACUGCCUGCUCUCCAGGCCGAAUCAUAGUUAUUGUGACUUCGCAGAUCUGUAGAUAGUUGAUGAUUUCUGUAUUCAUCAAUGAUUUUAUUUUUUUCAAUUUAUCUUUAAUGAGCAAAAAUAAUUAUUUGUGUUCUGCCGCAUUCGUUUUCCUUUAUGAUUGUUAUUCGAAUCCUGUGGGAAGUGACUGUAUGGAAAAAGAGGGCUCGUCAUUUUAAAAGGGUUCCACCUAAUAACAGACGGCUGGUUAUCGCUUGGUGUAUUAUCUUCAUAUUUAGUUUUUCUUUCAACUUCUAAAGAAACCCAAAUACAUGUAAAAUUGCCUUUUCUCAGAUUGAAUACAUACAUUAUUUAUUUAAUGUUCAAGUUGAAAAAUGGGAGCUUUUAGAGAAAAAAAAUGAGAUUUUUAAUAUUCAUAUCAAAUCUUAUCUUUUUAAAAUGUUUAGGGUUGAACUUAUAUGCCCUUUUUCCUAAUUUUUCUUUCUAAGAAUGACUGCAAUUAUUUUAAAUUAUUAAUAUUUCACAUACCAUGGUUUCCCAUUUGGACAUUUUUGCCAAUUUUCUCUUUGAAUUGUUUUAACUCAAUUUCACACCACAGUAACUGUUCAACUUCAUUAGUGCUUAAUUGAGCAUGUUAUAUUAAAUUGAUGAUUUUACAUAUAUAAUAUACUGUAUUUCUCUGUGUAUAAUACGCACCCAAGUUUUAGUACAUUUUUAUCAAGAAUUUUUCAAACUCCAUGCAUAAUACGCAUAUCAAAAUUCCGACCUCUCUUUCCUUGUAGGUGUUUUUUCCAGAUGUUUCAGGCAUUCUGUCUGCUUGCCUUUUGUUAACUAUAUAUAUCCGGUAAUAUGUUUUAUGUAUUUGCCUGUGAAACAUCUGCCAAUCAUGAUGUGAUGUUAUUUGACAUUAAAGUAUCUUGUAAAGUUAUUUGUCCCUCCCCCUUUGAAAGCUGACAAGGCGCGAUAUCCGAACGUGUUUUCAGACACCGCACUUCAGGGAAAAGACAAAGACGUAGGUCACUCAUAUGUUGAUUUAUUACAGUGAAGUUUUGCUGAUUUAGAGAAACGAGAGGAACAGACUAGACAAUGACAGCAGUUAACGGAUGUACAGCGUGUUUCUAUCACUUUUAUUUCACCAUUUUUUCUGCGCCUUCAUCAACACUAAAUUGUUGUUGCUUCUACCGAAUCAAGCAUGAUCUGAUUCUAACAGACUUUGCCACAUAAAAUUAAGAAUUGUGACAAUUAUUAGCCAGUUUAAGCAUAAAACGAGAAUUAAUAUUUUUUGAUAUUUUCUAGACCAAUGUCUAAUACGCACCCCUAUAUUUGUGAGACUAAAUUUGACCAUGAAAGUGCGUAUUAUACGCGGAGAAAUACGGUAUAUAUAUAUCAAUUUGUCUUGUUGCAUAGUCCACAACGAUGCAUUGUGGUAUGUUUAGAUAUGCCUCAAAUUAUUAAUGAGUGUGUCGAAGUGUUGAUAAAUUGUGAUAUAUGAAAAAUUGUAUCGGUACCUAGUAUAGUUGAAGUAUAAUUGUGCUGUCUAGCAUAUUUUAAAGUGUUGAUAAAUUGUGAUAUAUGAAAAAUUGUAUCGGUACCUAGUAUAGUUGAAGUAUAAUUGUGCUGUCUAGCAUAUUUUAAUUUUCAGCAACUUUCACGACACCAUACAUGGACUGAAAGAGGUUUUCCAAUUCAUUUUGAAAAUUCACUGUUUUCCAAUAGAAACGAUAAUCCAAUGUGCAGCGUUGUUUUGAAGUGGCUUAAAUGUUUUUUAAUAAUUAUUAAUAGGCUUUUAUUUUUUAUUAACUCCACUAUUUUUCAUUAGAACAUUGUCUGUUAAUAACUAAGACACUGUCCAUAAUUUUGUAUUCCACUUUAUACCUUUCUUAUGCAAAUACAUUGGUAAUUUCCUGAAGAUGCAAAAAUUUUCUGCAACAAUGUUUCAACGAGUUGUACGAUCGAUCUUUUACAUGGUUGAUCUCAAUAUAGACUUUGCCACAGCAACGUGAUAUACAUUUUCGUGAAACUCAUUUGGUGUUAUCACUAAUUAGCAGUUGAUCUCCCAUGUCUUUUGAUUUUGCUAUGAAAGUCUGAUUACAAUUUGUUUUUGCAGAUUAAUAAAAUUGACUAACAGUUGAAUUAAUAAAAUUGGCUCGUGAUAUUCAAAAUGAAACUAUCUCAUCGAUUUACUCUGGUUAUUGGUCUCGGAUCAAUAGCCAUUUUCUGUUAUGGUAUGGUUUUGUUUCUACCGAAGACUGAAAACAUGGACUUAAAGUUAAUGUUUGAACACCGACAUAAUGAUGUGAAGCACAUGGAGAAAGGAUUACCUCAAUUUCAUGCUACUAGCACUGUCAUUCGCACUCAGAAAUCAAACAAUCUUCAGCAACAACUGCCAGUGGAUCAAAUAAAAAUUAAUAACCUAGAUGCAAAUUUAAAAGAUCCCGAGCAAAGGCAUCGUAUGGAGCAGAUACUACAUGAUCAUCAAGAGGCAAUAGACAAAGCGAAUGAAAUAUUGUCUGCCAAGGCACAAAUUGAAAAAGACAAGAUGUCAAUGGCUGAGCAACAAGCACAGGAGAAGAGGGAAAGUAUGGAAAAAAAAUUGAAGGAAAGUGGUUCACACACAGUAUCCCCCUACAAUGUUGAUCAGGGAAUCCCAUCAGAUCCAGAUAUUUUGAACAAGAGAGACAAAAUUCGUGAAAUGAUGAAGUUUGCAUGGGAUGGAUAUAAGAAAUAUGCAUGGGGUGCAAAUGAGCUCAGACCUAUUUCCAACAGAGGACAUUCUGCAAAUAUUUUUGGCAGUGCUGCUACUGGAGCAACCAUUGUCGAUGCUCUUGACACAUUGUAUAUCAUGGGCAUGAAAGAAGAGUUCAAGGAAGCCAGAGAUUGGGUUUUAAGCAGUCUCGAUAUGAAUUCCAGGACAGAUAUUUCAGUUUUUGAGGUAAACAUCAGGUUUGUUGGUGGUUUAUUAUCUGCGUAUUUCCUUUCGGGGGACCCGGUUUUUAAAAAUCAAGCGAAGGCUAUUGCUGACAAAUUACUUCCUGCAUUUGAUACACCAACUGGUAUACCAUAUGCUCAGAUCAAUCCAAUAACAGGAAGAACAAAAAAUUGGGGUUGGGCUUCUGGUGGCUGCUCAAUCCUUUCGGAGUUUGGCAGUUUGCAUAUGGAAUUCUCAAUGCUGACUAAGGUAACGGGUGAUGAUAUUUAUCUGAAAAAGGUAAUGCGCAUACGUGAAGUUCUGCAGCAAAUUGACAAACCUAAUGGACUUUAUUUCAAUUAUCUGAAUCCCAAGACGGGAGCUUGGGGAACAAGACAUGCUUCUGUUGGCGCACUUGGUGACAGUUUUUAUGAAUACUUACUCAAAACCUGGCUUUUAUCUGGGAAAGUUGAUGAAGAUGCAAGAAAAAUGUAUGAUGCAGCAGUAACAGCUAUAGAGUCAAAUAUGGUUAAAAAAUCUGCAGGUGGUUUGACCUAUUUGGGAGAAUAUAAGAAUUCACGAGUUGAACCAAAAAUGGGUCAUCUUACUUGCUUUGCUGGUGGAAUGUUUGCUCUUGGUGCCAAAGGCUCAAAAGAUGAAAAACACUAUAUCGAUCUGGGUGCAGAAAUAACACAUACUUGUCAUGAAUCUUAUGACAAAGCCACUCUAAAAUUAGGACCUGAAGGGUUUGGAUUUCAGUCCGGAAAUGAAGCAACUGCUAUUCGAGCUAAUGAAAAAUACUAUAUUCUUCGACCUGAAGUUAUAGAAAGUUACUUCGUCAUGUGGAGGGUGACCAAAAAUCCAAAGUAUAGAGAAUGGGGAUGGGAGGCGGCUCAGGCUUUGGAAAAGAAUUGUAGAGUUGGAAAUGGAUUUUCAGGGUUAAAAAAUGUUUAUGAUGCCAAACCUGUUUAUGACGAUGUACAGCAGAGUUUUUUUCUUGCAGAAACUUUAAAAUAUUUAUAUUUGCUAUUUUCUGAUGAUGAUUUAAUAAAUUUGGAUGACUGGGUUUUUAACACAGAAGCACAUCCCUUCCCAGUAGUUAGGUGAUGCAUGUAUAUUAUGCAGUAAAUUUUUUAACUUGUACUGUAAUUUGUUUUUAGAAUAUACUAAUGUUUUAGACUUUUGUGGCCAGCUUUCAUUGUGUUGAAACGAACGUCCACUUUUAUUUAUUAUUAUACCUGACAAUCUGAUGGAUAUUGUCAUUGGUUCAGAGAUACAUCACUCUCAAUAAAAUUCGUUGCACUGUGAAUAUUGAUUGGACACAUACAGUAACACUUUUGUUGCUACAAUAGCCACUUACCAUACCAGUCCUAACCAUCAGUCUGAACUGCUUCAGUGAGAUCUCAGUGGCUCGAGUUUUUUUUUUAUUUGUAUUCAUUAUUAAAAUUAAUAGGUGCCUUUAAUAGUAUUUGCAGUGACUUUCCUAAUGCUGUCAAACAGGGAACUAUUCCCAAUGAAUUCUGAAAUAAUAUUUUUAAAUAUGAAUUCAUAAAUAUCUAUAUUUUUUUUGUGUUCAAUUAGAACAUACACAAAUCAAUAUACAGGGUUGUCGCUAGAAAAGCAGAAAAUUUUCAUUUUUUACAAAAAAAGGCAUUCGUUAUAUAUAUAUAUAUAUAUAUAUUACAUUAAUAGAUGCUCGAAAUGUCGUCCAUGCACUUCAGAGCAGUGGGUUAACCUGAAGUACAAGCUCGUAUAGCGCUUUGAAGGUUAACUUGUUGGAUAUCGUACCAAACUUGUCCAUUUGUAAAAAUAAAUAGCUGUUUAACAAAUUUUAGCAUGGAAUUUAGUAAUGUGAGAAAAUUCAUUUAAACAGUAAAUCAUUUAGGGGUAGUAUUUAACUACAGUCUUCCGGCAUGAAAUGAAUGCCUUUCUGGCCUUACUGGUAGACUUCAAUUGCUAAAAAUUAUUUCAAAUUACUCCUGGUAUUGAAUAUAACGAAUUUCAAACAUAUUCAAUUCGUUUUGGACAUUCUUGAUGUGAAAUGAAUAUGGACAAGAAGUGGUUAUUCAGAACAAUACUUGGGAAAAUAAGCCCUACCUUCUUUUAGUGUUGCAUUCCUAUUAAUUUUGUUAAGAAAAUACCUUAGUAACUUCUUUGUUCAGUGUCAAAGGUGCCUCAAGCAUGCAUUCAUAUUUAUUUAUAGUUUGAUAAAUAUGGGUGUCAUGGAAAAAAUAAUCAUAUGCUCUUGUAUAUAUUGCAAUCAAGAAAAUUCUUCAAUAUAAAGUUUAAUUUGAUUGUAGAGGUAACAAAUAUUAAUAUGCUCAAUAUAAGUUAUGUAUGUAACAGUUUUCACAGUGUAUUUUUUAUAUUCAUUUUAUUUUCCAUCGCAAAUAGAUCGUCAGCUACCUCUGGAUAGUUUGGUUCUUUCAGUUUCAUUUUACGAACUAGGCAAGAUAGAAAAAAUUUAUAGACAAAGAACGAUAAAAAUCAGUUGACGAUUCUAUCAAAUUAUUUGUCAAUCCUUACCCUGCUUGUGGGCUUCCUGUGAGCUCAUUUAAUUGUUUUAUUUAGCAUUUGUAGUGCCAGGCUGAUGUAUUUGUGAUAUAGAGUAACCUUUGUUUAUACUUUCUUCUUGACUUUGGUUUGCAAAUUUUCCAGUCAUCAGUGAAACUUUCACCACAGUGAUUGGUGAUGUAGUUCUUCAUGCUGUUUGAUGAUAAUGAAUAACUGAACUCCUGUCAUAUUUUCUAAAUCUUGCAUCUCUAUUUUUGGUGCUUUUGAUUUCUAAAAACUGCAGGUUUAUAGAAGCCUAUGCAUAAUGAAUUUUAGAUAAUUUAAUAUACCGUUUAAUUUACUUUAGCUGGUCUUGUUGACUUUUUGUUUUAUGGCUCUCUGUAACAAGUGAAGCAAAUUUUUGAGUCUAAUUUACUCGCCAACAUUACCGGGAUGGGCAGUGUAAUUUUCUGGUCUCAUUCUCAGCGAUAGGUCAAUCCUAUAACCCAACGCGUUUUGCACCCUUUCGUAUGCAUGUAACAUUUAAAAUCGAAUCCAUGGUACAAAGAGCAAACUAACUUAGACCGUGACUGUGCUGUCAAAAAAAGUAGGUAGUUCUUGCUAGCAAGCCAACAAUAUUUGUUGGAGGCUGAUUGAAUAAAGAAUUAAUAUGAAAAAGAAAGAAAUUUUAGUGUAAACAUCCAUUGUCAAGCGGAAUGUUCAGGGAUUAUGUAUAAUAACAAUCACGAAAACCACUGGAUACUGAAUAGGGAGGUAUGGGGAACAUAUGAUCCACCGUGUUUUUUCGGUGAUUAAAAUUGAAAAUAAAAGACCUCAAUUCAAUCUAAAAAUAUGUGGACUACUGCAACAGUAAUUCCUAACCUUUUUCUCGCAUUUGCAAUCGUAUUUAUAAUCCUCCACGCUGAAUAAAUAUUUUUCUCCAUG